AUCCGCGUCCGGGGCGGUGGGGGAUCCGGCUGGAACCGGUUUGAGGCCGCGUCCGGCUCCUCUAUAUAUAAAACUUUAUAAACACCCGGAUUCGAAUUAGUGGGGUCGCGAGCUUCGACGGUAGUCACAGGCCAAGAGACCCCGAUCUCCUCAUUCUUUGGCCUUGCCGUCGUCGUGUUUCCUCAUCGUCGUGUUUCCUUUUUUUAUUAUUUGAGGCCUACUCCUUCAUUGAGAGGCCUUCCUUUGCUUAAUUCUCGCGUCCCUCUUUCCUGUCACGCGCCGCCGACAUGCCCAAGAGAAAGGCUGAAGGAGAUACCAAGGGUGACAAGGCCAAAACAAAGGAUGAGCCACAACGGAGAUCAGCAAGGUUAUCUGCUAAGCCUGCUCCUCCAAAGCCGGAACCCAAACCUAAAAAGGCAGCUCCAAAGCAGAAGGGUGAGAAAGUAGCCAAGGGAAAGAAGGGGAAAGCCGAUGCAAGCAAGGAUGGAAAUAACCCUGCAGAAAAUGGAGAUGCCAAAACAGACCAGGCACAGAAAGCUGAAGGUGCUGGGGAUGCCAAGUGAAUUGUAUGAAUUUUUGAUAACUGUGUACUUCUGGUGACUGUACAGUUUGAAAUACUAUUUUUUAUCAAGUUUUAUAACAAUGCAGAAUUUUGUUUUACCUUUUUUUUAAAGCUAUGUUGUUAGCACACAGAACGCUUCGUUGUUGUGUUUUAGGGGGAGGAGAGGGGACAAAUGUCAUUGACUCUGUUACUUAGAACCUGAACUUUUAAAGUCCCUUCAUUUUUGCUAGAGGGGAUAUUCAUGGAAACAAAGACAAAAGAUUCACAUAUAUGGUUGUUUGUAUUGAUUUCUCAAAUGGUUAAACAUUUAAAUUUCCCAAAAUGCCUGUGUCUUGAGGAGGAGGAAAAUUUUAAAAUUCUGCUUACCGUGUUCAUUCUUUUCACAUUGUCAUUUGCUUUGUAUGUAUCACUCCUCAGAAUGGCAUAGGGAUCUUUACUUGCUUUCUUAAAUCAAGCCAAUCUUAUAAUGUCAGGCAGUCCAGAUCUCUGGUGUCAAAUACUAAGGAAGGGAAGAUGGCUCAUAAAUGAGCAGCAUUUCUUUUUUUAUAGUGUUGAAUCUUCAGAUUAAGAAUUCUGCAGUUUUGUUUUCCUCUAAAAGUCAGGGUAGGCUUGUGAAAAGUUGUUAAACAACAUACUUAAAUGUGAAAAGUGUCCACCCUCACUCUAAACUUUCCCUGUUCCAAGUACAAAUUGAAGAUUCUUCAUUGGGUUUUAUAUAGUAAGUUUACAUUUUGGUAGUCCACGAAGAAGGGGAGUUGGGACUUGUUGUAAAACAUUGCAGAUUGUAGCCCAUGUCCUGCCUGAAUACCAUUGAUUGAUCGUUUUAUGAAAAGUACCUUUAAUAAAGCUGGAUAUUGUUUGGCUUGGACUGUU